AUGAGAAGACAUCGAGCAGAGAGAGUAGGCUAUCGAGAGACUCUGUCUAUCUGGGACUAUAAUCAGAUAAUCUCUCUAUCCUCUCGCUCUCUCUCGAGCUCGAGCUCUCUAGAGCUAUAUAGAGCUCUCUUCUCUCUCUCUCUCUCUCUCUCUCUCUCUCUCUCUCAAAUGUGUUAGUCAUGCAAUAUUAAGUGCAGUCAUCUGUUGAGAUGGUGGGGUUGGUCGGUGGUUGGUUGUCAGGGUCUAACACUAGCCACAUGUCUAAAGAAAGGUGCUCAACCCAUCCAAUUAGUCUACAAUUAGGGUCACCACUCUGUGCCUUCGCAUCUGUGCUCCUCACUCAGCCCAUGGCUGACUGCUGACUACCCAGCAGGGGGUGAAAGGGGAGGAUAAGGGUGAUUGGGGAGGGGGGGGGGGGGGGGGGGGGGGGGUCACAUUAUGUCUUGUGUUGCAAUAUCCUGAUUUCUAGAACAAAUUAAUAUUUUUGGGAGGGGUUUUGCACCUUUUUUGUGUGUGUAAUGUGUUAUAGGAUCAGAAUAAUGACAUAGAAAAGUGAAUGCCUUGUUUAUGGAAUAGAUAUAAGAUAUACUGUAUAAGAUAUUAAGCUGCAAAACAGACAAACAUUGACCACAUCCUAAGUAUAAGAUAAAGUGUUGACCUCUAUAAUAAGAGCCCCUGUCUUUACCAUGUGAGACGUACAGUGACAGCUGGACAGGAGGACAGAGGGACAGGGGGAACAGGGGGACAGAGGGACAGGGGGACAGAGGGACAGACGGACAGAGGGACAGAUGGACAGGGGGACAGGGGGACAGAGGGACAGAGGAACAGGGGGACAGGGGGACAGAGAGACAGGGGGACAGAGGGACAGAGGGACAGAGGGACAGGGGGACAGGGGGACAGGAGGACAGGUGGACAGGGGGACAGGGGGACAGGGGGACAGGGGGACAGGGGACAGAGGGACAGAGGGACAGGGGGACAGGGGGACAGAGGGACAGGGGGACAGAGGGACAGAGGGACAGGGGGACAGAGGGACAGAGGGACAGGGGGACAGGGGGACAGAGGGACAGGGGGACAGGGGGACAGGAGGACAGGGGGACAGGAGGACAGGUGGACAGAGGGACAGGGGGAGGCCUCAAGCCCAGUGAUUUAUCAGUGAUUCUCAUGAUUUGGGCAAGAGCAAAGCCAGUCAGUGUGAGCCUAGUUAUAUAAAAUAACUAGCAGCUGCGGGGGAAGGGGGCAACUGUCCCAUGUUUUCAGGGUCAGGGGUCAACUCUCUAAGUACUGUUGCAGUUGUUUUUCACACAAGAAUCUCGGCCUACUGUUGCAGAUCUGAGUGGAGCAUUAAAAGGGAAGUACACACCGCUUUAGUUUACGGGCAAACCCUCUCCUCCGCCCACUGACUGGGGCCCUGCUCUGCUCUUGGAGCCUGUGGCUGCAUCCCAAAUGGCACCCUAUAUUCCCUAUAUAGUGCACUAUAUAUUUUUUUUUAACCAGGGCCCAUGGUAGUGCACUCUGUAGGGUGCCAUUUGGGAUGCAGCCUGGGAUUGUAGUGUCCCAUGUGCAGCCAGCAGCAGCUCCCAGCAGCUCUCCCAGCGUUAUGGACACAGAACAAGCAGCGGCUCAGUGAGAGGAGCAGCGGACACCCCUCCCCCUCCCCUCCAUCGCUGUGCCAUGCAGACUGGGGGCCUGAGGCACAGAGAGAGAGAGAGAGAGUGGGAUGAGGAGUUGAGAGAGAAGAUCAAAGCAGGAAGCAUGAAAAGGCUCCCAUCACACAAGUAAGCCUCCUCCCUACGUAUACACACACAUGCACACACACACACACACACACACACACAAACACACACACACAGAGCCUUGAGCCUCUCGUCCCCCUUCAUGCAGCAGCCGUCCGUGGAGGCUGAGAGGAGAGAGCAGGUCCCAGGGCCGUGUGAGCCUGACAACAGAUGGCUGAGACUGGGGAGCACAGACCUUAACACGUGCCCCCUGCUGGAGCUCAGAGCUGGCAACAACAUCUCAAGGACAUUCUCCAUGCCUGUGAGAGAAAGUGGGCUUGUUCGACUUUACAGCUGACAUGAUGCAUUUAGGGUAACUUGUAACUGACUGUGAUCGUCAAACAAUAAUUAUUAGGUAUUUAGGAUGCAAGGUGAUUAGUAGAUCAGACAGUCGCCUGCCAUUUCAGCUCCAAUGUUGACCAAGCCCAUGUGUAUAUUCCACAAUUGCUGCACUCAAUGCCCAGAUAUGGGCACCAUGGCUCUUCCUAUAAAAUAGUAUAAAUAGUUGUGGUGAAAUCACACUGCAGUCUUGCUUUCAUAUGAACUCAAAUCAAUCCCAACGUUCCCAUUUAUAAAAACAUUUGUUGUUCUCAGAGUUAUCUGUUUAGACAAGUGGCUUUUCCUGGACAAAUAUAUUUAGAUCACAUUGUGUGUUGAGAAGGUAAACAUUGGUUGACACAGGCCUGCCAUAUCUGUAGAGCCCCUGUAAUUAUGGGGCCAACAGUGGGGAGGGGAGGGGCUACGUUCUCACACAAAGAAGAAUGAGUCUAGCUGCUGUUUGUACAGUAUAUAAAGCCACUGUUGCCCCCAUCAGUAGGGGACCGGAGUGUUGAUGAAAUGCUGGAAGGAAGGCCUCCUCUGUCACUGCCAGGGAGAGCAUGUUCAUUACAGGGGCUCUAGAGCCUGCUAGACAGCACCCCGGCUGAGAAGACAACAACUAAUCAUCUUAUUAGAGUGGUAAACAGCAUGGUAUAGAAUACUGGGAUGUUAGACUUUAGAAUACUGGGAUGUUAGACUUUAGAAUACUGGGAUGUUAGACUUUAGAAUACUGGGAUGUUAGACUUUAGAAUACUGGGAUGUUAGACUUUAGAAUACUGGGAUGUUAGACUUUAGAAUACUGGGAUGUUAGACUUUAGAAUACUGGGAUGUUAGACUUUAGAAUGCUAGGAUGUUAGACUUUAGAAUACUGGGAUGUUAGACUUUAGAAUACUGGGAUGUUAGACUUUAGAAUACUGGGAUGUUAGACUUUAGAAUACUGGGAUGUUAGACUUUAGAAUACUGGGAUGUUAGACUUUAGAAUACUGGGAUGUUAGACUUUAGAAUGCUAGGAUGUUAGACUUUAGAAUACUGAUAUGUUAGACUUUAGAAUACUGAUAUGUUAGACUUUAGAAUACUGGGAUAUUAGACUUUAGAAUGCUGGGAUGUUAGAUUUUAGAAUACUGAGAUAUUAGACUUUAGAAUGCUGGGAUGUUAGACUUUAGAAUACUGAUAUGUUAGACUUUAGAAUACUGGGAUAUUAGACUUUAGAAUGCUGGGAUGUUAGACUUUAGAAUACUGGGAUAUUAGACUUUAGAAUGCUGAUAUGUUAGACUUUAGAAUGCUGGGAUGUUAGACUUUAGAAUACUGGGAUGUUAGACAUUAGAAUGCUGGGAUGUUAGACUUUAGAAUGCUGGGAUGUUAGACUUAAAGAUAAUGGGAUGUUAGACUUUAGAAUACUGGGAUGUUAGUAUUGGAAUUACAAGUGCUGCACCAGAUCAAGACAGUCACAUACAAGACUUAAGACUUCCAUAAAGGCGCUAUGGGAUAUCUGAAAAGCCCUUUUCAUUCAAUGUAAUACAGUUUUGUCAAUACAAUUAAGUUAUGUAGAAGUUUAAUAAAGUUUUACUGCCACCUGCUGGAAACAACAGCACUCUGUGUUUACUGUUUAGGAACGGGUUCAUCUCGGAAACCCAGAACAAAAAUCUUGCAUAAUUGCGUCAGAUACUCGAUUUAUGUAAUGUAGUCUGUCCACAAGAGAUUAGGAAUGGGACUUUGCCUUGUUUAGAUUUAGCAACAGUUGUAGAACUGGAAACCCAGACGGUGCAAACAGCAAAUGUUCCUGGAGCCUGACCUGUUGUGUCAUGAGGAGAGCAAACAGCAGAGCUAUCAGUCUGUCCACCUGCCCGUCUGUCCGUCCGCUUCUCCGUCUGUCCGUCCGCUUCUCCGUCUGUCCGUCCCCUUGUCCGUCCGUCCGUCCGUCCGUCUGUCUGUCAGUCUGUCCACCCAUGGUUUGGGAGACAUGGUUGUUUGUGUCAGCUAGCCCAGUUAUUCUGUCUAUCUGCCUUUCCAUCUUGCAGACUCUUGGGAAGUGGGUGUAUAUUGCUGUCACGAGAAUUUUGUUAUCUCAAUGGUUGAAGUCAAACACUUCUUAAAUCUUUUAAUAAUUCCCAAAAGGUUGUAAAUCUCUUAGUUUGAAUAAAUUAAACAAAGACUCAAUUCUGCAAUGGUCAGCCUUUAUUCAUUGAGAGCGCUCUGCAACAAAAUGGUCGUACAAUCUUUUUAUACACACACCUCAGAGGAAAAAACCCACCCCGCUGUAGGCGGGCUGUAUUUUUCCACUGUACGCAUCUUGUAAGCUCACACCUGGGUUUAGCUCAUGUGAUUUUCCUCUGCUCUCCUGACCAUUAGGUCACACACACACACACGCACGCACACAUACACACACACACACACACACACACACACACACACACACACACACACAUGUUCUUAUCAUAGUCUACUCCUUGCUCGGGCAGGCUGCAUUCUUCAGUUAUCACGUCCUCACAAUAUCCUGCAAUCCUUUUUUCACUCCCCUUUCCCUGUGUGUUUUGGGAACCAGUCUCCUGUUAUUGGUUUCAAUCGUUUUGCACUUCUGCUUGCCUAAUUACAAGACACAAAUACUCUGUUGCUGGGAUAUAAACAUAUUUGAUUAACUCUCUAAGCUCUAGUCUACUAAUUAGUCAUACAUUAUUAGUUUAACUGAGGGUGUGACAUUUUAGUCAUAUCUUACUCACACAUUUCUUUAUCAAUCCACCCUUUGACUAAAUUUCACACACACAUUUAAAAUACAUUCUUAUAAAAUGAAACACACAACAAGGCAUACAACUUGUUUUGCAUAUUAAAUGAGUCACUAGUACAAAACACACUAUAAAAAUACAAUUUGUCUUGCAUUGCUACCAAAUUUUACUUCCAACCAUAACUCACUCUCCUUGUUAGGAUUUUUACUAUAACUUUCAUUCAAAAGAUAGUAUACUAAACAUCAAAAAUUGUCUCAUCCAAUUUAGGUUCAUCAGGGUUAAAAUCUUCUGCAUCGUCCACUAGAGCGGGAGGAUAUAGGUCGUCGUUCCAUCGGUCUGAGUAGGGAAUGGGCCCAUAGGUCACAACGCGUUGCUCACCAGCCCUCAAUAGGACUUGGUAUGGUCCCUCCCAGCGUGACUGCUUUCAAUCCUUUUUCCUCAACGAUUGGAUCCACACCCAGUCUCCAGGUUGUAUACUAUGAGUCACCUUCUCCUUCAAUUCUCCCGUAGGACACAAAUUCUUAGACAUACGGGUAUGGUUAACGAACAAUAUUCUCAUGUGUUCUGCUAGUGUAUUCUCUAGUUCUAUGUCUGCCUGUUCUGGUCCUGCCAACUGUGGCAUUCUGUAAGGUCUUCCAAACACUUUGUCAAAGGGGGACAAUCCGUUCUUAUCUGGCGUUAUUCGGAUAGUCAUUAGUACGAUUGGCAGACAUUGUACCCAAUUUCUUCCUUUCACUCCGUGAUAACUCUAUAAAAUCAAUUUCCAAUUGCUGGACUGGAUAUUUUGCCAGGGGGAUAUUCCCCCUGGGGUGCUCUCUGUCUAUCUUGGUGAUUAUUCUGUGCACAGAUGACACAUUUUUUUAGUAAUUCGUUAUAUCAUAGGCCACAAAGUGUUUCCUAACCUGCUCUACCAUCCCCCCUAUUGACACAUUGCUUUACCCAUGUGUCAAUAUUUCCGCAUAUCAAAACAGUGACUUUAAUACAUUUUAUAAUUUAUCCUUAUGCCAGACAUUAUCUCGUAGGAUUACCCCUUUCUUUACAGUAUGAAAAUGUAUGCACUCACCAACUGUAAGUCGCUCCGGAUAAGAGCGUCUGCCAAAUGGCCAAAAUGCAAAAUGUAAUCAAGAACAUAGGAAAUAUCUGUUUCCCCAUAUAUUGUUCCUGUCACCCUUCUUAAUGUCACAUUUGCCAAUAAAAUCCCUUACUUUGUAUAAGUAAGCAGUGAUAUUUUAUUCCAGGCAUCUAUUUAAAAAGAUGUUUGAUAUGUUGUCUCCUACUGUCCCUUAACAUAUAUUGUAGGGGAUUUCCCUCAAUCCUGAAAAAAUAAAAAUACAAAAAAAAUCCCCCCUUAGAACACAUCGGAUAACUCCAUGUUUCAUUAAAUUCACUAAACCUAUAAAUAACAAGCCCAUAACCAUCUUCCGGUAAUCUACUGAUUUAAACCUGUUGCAUUAAUUUAUUAAAAUAUAAACCUAUUGUUUAAUAAAUCCAGAACCUAUGAAAAACAUUUACUACGCCAUCAGCCUAAUAGUAAAAACGAUCUCCCAUUGUUCAAUGUGAACUGUCUGCAUAACUCACUGUUGUAUAAACAAACUAUUGAGACAUCCGCUUCACAUUACCCUCUGCUUCGUUUACUAUAUCCUGGCAUUAGUAAAUUCUAUCCACACACCACCAAAAACGAAUAACAUAUUUGCAUACACGUAACUAGAACGCAUGAAUUUAAUACAAUUUUUGCUUAACCAAUGCAAAUCAACAUUUCUCAUCACCCAAUUUCUAUUACUUUUUUUUUUCACACAGGAAAUCCUCUACAAUCUCUACCCUCAUCUAAAUGUACCACAGGAAUUGAAUUGGCUCUCCAAUUCAAUUUCCAACGAUACCUAUCCGUGGAUGUGCUGUGCUGAUCUCCAUUCUCAAUGUUGACCCAAUCAGUGAUCCUCUUACCCUUGGAUACCCACUGGCCCAUGUCUUUCCAGUCCUCUGCUGGCUCCUUUGCUAGGGACACAUGUGGGUUCCAUUUCUCUCUUAACAGUCUCUGACUUUGGGGCCCUAGUUCCACUUCCACUGCUGCGUGGGUGUUGUCAUAGUGAAACCAUUUUAGUGCUACAGUUCUUUCUGUGGUUUUAAAUAGUGCUUCGUCAUAGACGGGUAUGGUUGCCUCUCCUCCUGAUUGGUCCUGUUUUAGGGUUAUUGGGGCUGAUAACCUUUCAAUAAAUUGAUGACCAGAGGCAGAUCGCACUAUGAUUUUCUCCCCAUCAAUCCUCACUCCCUCUGGUUUGUCUGCUGCACAGAUUGCUGUCCUGCAAGCCCCUGUAUCGCAUAGGAAUUUAAUUUUCUUACCCAUUACUGUCAAUGUCAAAUAAGGUUUCUGUUCCUGUUGAAGUGCUAGGUCAAUAAUUCAAACACCUCACAACUUGGAUCAAUGGGCUCCUCAGUCUCCUCCUCACUAGAAUCUACUCCCAGCAGAACUGACAAAAAAACAAAACAGACUGUGAUUUCCAGGACACUGCCCCUUUGUUCUGGCCUCACUACAUCCCCGAGAGUUGGCACUCCCUUCAGGGCUCUUGGUAAACUGCAUACCUUUUAACCUCAAUCAGUGUCGUUGUGCCCCAGUCAGUCAGGGUCUUUUUUAUUGUUUGAGAAAUUUCAGGCCUCAUUCCGCUUAAAAAGGCUAUUUUUAAUUGUUGAUGAUACGGCCCAUCUGCUACCUGUUUGCACUCAUGGAUUUUAGAAAAAUCAGCAGGUCUAUGGCAGUAAUCUCUGAGAUUGUUACAUAGUUGAUUAAGUUUAUCUCGAUACUCUCCGUCUACGGCCCACUGUAAAAUAACUCUGUCCCCCCUUCCUGGGGUCCAGUCUCCCUUCACAGUUGCCUAUCCUAUCCUACCACUAUCUGCAAUCUCGAUGGUCGUGGCCUGUUCUCUUACAGUAUUUGCACGGCGCCUCACACUCUUUGGCAAAAUGCCCUUCUUGACUACAGUUAAAGCACUUAAUCUGCUCAUGAUGGAUUGCAUAUCUUUUAACCUCAGCUAGUGGUUUCGUUCCCCACCCUAUCAAGGUAUUUUUAAUGGUCCUGCUUAUCUCUGGUCUCAUUCCACUGAGGAACGCUAUUUUUAAAUGCUGAUGGUAGGGCGUAUCAUUCCCCUGUCUCUGGUCUGGCUCGGGUAUGCCACUGUUUGCGUUGAACACAUCCUUAAGCCUCUCUAAGUAUUGGCUAAUAGUCUCACUAUCCUCUUGUUUACACUCAUGUACUUUAAAGAAGUCUGCAUGACGAUGGCAAUGUUCCCUGAGGCUAUUACACAAUUCAGUUAUUUUCCCAACAUACUCUCCGUGAUCAGCCCAUGGCAAAAGUGCCCUCUGGGCAUCCCCUGAAACCCACUGCCCUCUAACGGCAGCCCAAUCCUUUCUUGGGGUGGGUCAUUCCUUCUACCACUCGGGCCACGUCCCUCUGUGUCCAUGGCCUGUAUACAUCUAUUAUAUGUUAUGAUCAACUUUUGUAAUUAACCAUUUAAAUUAUUCAACCCGUAACCCAGAGUGUUUUAAGACCCCAUUUUCAUGAAACGGAUGGGACAACCAUUCUUUCUCACGCGACCUAUUUUAGUCCCUUCCUUGAAACAAUUAAUUAUCGCAACUUUCAAUGGAUCAUUAGGUCUCACACAUAUACAACCUUAUAUGAUUAUUAGUUAACACUAUCGGUAACCCGGAGUUUGUAAGGCUCCAGUUUUCACUGAAACUGAUAGAGUUACGGCUAAUCUACAGUUGUUUAUGACUUUUGACUUGUUUAAUGUAUCUAUCUCACACGAUAAUAGUUAUUUCCCUUCUUGAUAUUUAUUGCCGUUCCCGGACCGUCUCACUAUCACCUCUCCCUCCUCGAAGUUUCACCCCCAUUUUUAAUUUAUCUAGAAUACUGGCGCAUUGGGUUUUCUCUAGAUAAAACGUCUAAAAACACUGAAGUUUACUUCCUUCCUGUGUACUCUUGUCAAUCCUAGAUUGGACGCAACGCAAGGUCAGUUUAUUUUUGGUAAUGGACUCAACUACCUGGAGUCAUGCUCGGAUCCCCCCCCCCCCCCGUUUACUUAAGUAUAUUUGCUAUACCACUCGCAUUUUAUAUCUAUCUAGAAUGCUGGCGCAUUGGGUUUUCUCUAGAUAAACGUCUCAAAACGCGAUGGCCAAGACUUACUAGAUUUUGGUAAUCAUUCUCUGCCCUUUACAAGAAUUACAGAUUAUUAUUGCAAGUUCAGAUCACUUUCCACCAAAAUCCAAUGAAUAAAGAUUACUGACCUUAUUUUUGCAGCUCAAUUUUGGUUGGAUAUUGUCACCAUUUCUGUCGUUUCCAGGUUGUCACCGGCCUGUAUUUGAACCCCCAAUCUCAGAGGGCAGGUCUUUGUCUAUACGGAUGUAUCAUCCGCCCGUGCACGGUUUUCGGUGUCCCCCGGAACGACAGAGGACGGGUAUUGAUAUCCGGCUCGAAGGACCAAGCUGUCACGAGAAUUUUGCUAUCUCAAUGGUUGAAGUCAAACACUUCUUAAAUCUUUGAAUAAUUCCCAAAAGGUUGUAAAUCUCUUAGUUUAAAUAAAUUAAACAAAGACUCAAUUCUGCAAUGGUCAGCCUUUAUUCAUUGAGAGCGCUCUGCAACAAAAUGGUCGUACAAUCUUUUUAUACGCACACGUCAGAGGAAAAGUCCCACCCCGCUGUAGGCGAGCUGUAUUUUUCCACUGUACGCAUCUUGUAAGCUCACACCUGGGUUUAGCUCAUGUGAUUUUCCUCUGCUCUCCUGACCAUCAGGUCACACACACACACAUACACACACACACGCACGCACACACACACACACACACACAUGUUCUUAUCAUAGUCUACUCCUUGCUCGGGUAAGUGGAGUUAUCGCCGUUCUCACAAUAUCCUGCAGCAUGUUUCAUACUCUCUUCCAAGCCUAAUGGUUUCUCCCCUCCCUAAAUUGGGAGGCCUAUUUCCUUUUCUUGGUUUCUCAGUUGUCUGUAGACAGUUCUCCUUGUCCUUUGUUGUCUGGCCUAACUCCUACUCACAUUGCUAAAUAGUAACACAAUGUCAUAAUCUUAACUUGCCCUACGCUCACACAUUACUAGGUAGUAGUCUUAUGAUUCUAACACAUUUCACAAAGUGGAGUGUAAUAAUUACUCAUUACCAAAUUAUUCUAUCAAUUGCUGAGAGUUCAGGCCGUCCUUCCUGUGAGCAAAUACUGAAUACCUUAUUACACACUGCCUGGAUAGAGGUCUCUGUGCCGGUCGAUGUCGUCGACUUCUAUGGCUUCGGUAUUCUGGAUCAGAGGACGCUGAUGCUUCAGCAUCAACUCUAACUUUACUCUGCAUGACAACAACACAUGGACUUCAGUGAUCCCCUUCCCUGUUUCUGAGGGCCUCCUGACAACGUGCCCUGACUGCCUCCUGUCCCUGGAGAGAUGGGCUGAGGAUGGGAAGACCUACAACUCCCUACCGCUCUACAGUAGGAGAAGGGAGCUCACUGCUGCUGAACUGGACUUCUAUAAGAAACAGGUAGCUUGUCUCAGUCUGCCACCAGAGACGUUCAUGGAUCCACAGAAAGAGCUCUGUCCCGACACAACUUCCUGUUUCUCGUAACAGAAGUAGGGUUUACCACUAUGUUUUCAUACCAUCUGGUUAACAAAAGCCACUGGGUGUUGGUCUACAGACUAACCUCAUAAUCUAGCCACAUACCCAGCAAAUAAACUUGUUACAGGCCAUAUUAUUGUUUUUACAGUCAGUAUGUUACAUUGACCACUGAGUUCAGGUUAUUUUUACUGUCAGUAUGUUACGUUGACCCCUGAGUUCAGGUUGUUUUUACUGUCAGUAUGUUACAUUGACCACUGAGUUCAGGUUGUUUUUACUGUCAGUAUGUUACGUUGACCCCUGAGUUCAGGUUGUUUUUACAGUCAGUAUGUUACAUUGACCACUGAGUUCAGGUUGUUUUUACAGUCAGUAUGUUAUGUUGACCCCUGAGUUCAGGUUGUUUUUACAGUCAGUAUGUUAUGUUGACCACUGAGUUCAGGUUGUUUUUACAGUCAGUAUGUUACGUUGACCCCUGAGUUCAGGUUGUUUUUACAGUCAGUAUUUUAUGUUGACCCUUGAGUUCAGGUUUUGUUUAGGAAUUCAUCUCGGAAACCCAAAACAAAAAUGUUGCGUAAUUGCGUCAGAUACUCAUUUUAUGUUAUGUAGUCUGUCCACAAGAGAUCAGGAAUGGGACUUAGUCUUGUUUAGAUUUAGUAACAGUGGUGGAACUGGGAACCCAGACAGCAGAGGGGGCUAGUGGGAGGAGCUAUAGGAGGACGGCUUCAUUGUAAUGGCUGGUAUGGUAUCAAUGGAACGGAGUCAAACACGGUUUCCAUAUGCUUGAUGUGUUUGAUACCGUUCCAAUAAUUCCAUUCCAGCCAUUAUAAUGAGCCUGUCCUCUUAUAGCUCCUCAUACCAGCCUCCUCUGCCAGACAGUACAAACAGCCAAUGUCCCUGAAAUCUGAUCUGUUGUACCAUGAAAGGCACAGGAGAGCAAAUAUUAAAUCAUAUAAAAGACUGGAACUAUCCUUGGCAUCAUUGAAACAUCAACAGGCAUAGUGAGACAGACUUACUGUACAGAGACACAGGGAGAUACAUUAUAGUGAGGGAGACAUAUUCAAAUCAAAUCAAAUCAAAUCAAAUUUUAUUGGUCACAUGCGCCGAAUACAACAGGUGCAGACAUUACAGUGAAAUGCUUACUUACAGCCCUUAACCAACAGUGCAUUUAUUUUAAACAAAAAAGUAAGAAUAAAACAACAACAAAAAAGUGUUGAGAAAAAAAAAAAGAGCAGAAGUAAAAAAUAAAGUGACAGUAGGGAGGCUAUAUAUACAAUAGAAUAAAGUGACAGUAGGGAGGCUAUAUAUACAGGGGGGUACCGUUGCAUAGUCAAUGUGCGGGGGCACCGGCUAGUUGAGGUAAUAUGUACAUGUGGGUAGAGUUAAAGUGACUAUGCAUAAAUACUUAACAGAGUAGCAGCAGCGUAAAAAGGAUGGGGUGGGGGGGCAGUGCAAAUAGUCCGGGUAGCCAUGAUUAGCUGUUCAGGAGUCUUAUGGCUUGGGGGUAGAAGCUGUUGAGAAGUCUUUUGGACCUAGACUUGAGAUAUGAUGCUGGCGGUGUGUGACGCUGUUGUCCUGGGCCUUCUCUCAGUGAGUGGCUCCCAGGCGGCCCCUUUAACCUGUGAGGAUCUCCUGAGACCACUGGAGCUGAGCGGUGUCAAUCAGGUACUAUCUAUCUGAACUGUACUGUCUGUCUGUCUGUCCAUCUGUCCGCGUGUCUGUCUGUCCGUCGUCUGUCUGUCCGUCAUCUGUCUGUCAGUCCGUCUUUAAUUACAAAAGGCACUGAGCCCUCCGGCUCCUGUCUGUCUGUCCACCCAUGGUUAGGGAGAUGUGUUUUUUUUUGUUUUAGCUAGCCCAGUUAUUGUCUAUCUGCCUUGGGAAGUGGGUGUAUAUUGCUGAGAGUUCUGACCGUCCUUCCUGGGAGCAAAUACUGUAUACCUUUUUUACACAGUGCCUGGAUAGAGGUCUCUGUGCCGGUCGGUACCCAGAACAACAUUCUUGACAUCGCCCAGUUCCAUGGCGUCGGUAUUCCACAUCAGAAUGCUUCAGGAAUCGAAUGCUUCAGGAUCAACUCUAACUUUACUCUGCAUGACAACAACACAUGGACUUCAGUGAUCCCCUUCCCUGUUUCUGAGGUCCUCCUGACAACGUGCCCAGACUGCCUCCUGACCCUGGAGAGAUGGGCUGAGGAUGGGAAUACCUCUCUAAAGCUCUACAGUAGGAGAAGGGAGCUCACUGCUGCUGAACUGGACUUCUAUAAGAAACAGGUGGAUUGUCUCAGUCUGCCACCAGAGACGUUCACGGAUCCACAGAAAGAGCUCUGUCCCGACACAACGCCACUCUUAGAAGAUCAAAUCGAUAAGGCAGUUGAGAGGGCAGUUGAUAUUAUUUCAGAGAUUCCAAGAAUGAUCAGAAAUACAUUUAAACAUUUAAAGAAUGCUGUUUUUCAGACAUUUUCUGAGAUUUUGGGUUCAUGAGCAGUUGCCUCCUCCUCCCUGAUUGGUUUGGUGCCCACCAUGUAUUCUACUGUAACCCAGGGUUACAGUACCUAACCCAGCAAGCCUGUAAACAGUCACUGAUGCCAGCCUUGAUGUGGGACCAAACUCCACUCUGCUAGUGUUGCUCUACAUUCAACACAAUAAAUGCAGAUUAAGACAAAUAUGACUUACACUAUUUUUUGUUUGUCCCAAUAAUCAAUUACAAUCGGGAGCAUUUGAAAAUACAAUUUAAAAAAAUAAUGGGUGAUAGUCUACUUUAGCGUUUCCCAAACUCGGUCCUCUGGGACCCCAAGGGGUGCACGUUCUGGUUUUUGUCCUAGCACUACACAGCUGAUUCAAAUAAUCAAAGCUUGAUGAUUAGUUGAUUAUUUAUAUCAGCUGUGUACAACUGAGCUGACGGGAGAGGUUGUGUUUUCUCUAGCAGGAGAGGUAAGCUUGGCUUCUUAUAUGGUGUUGAGUUAAGCUUAAACCAUGUAUUUAGAUUGUAGGUAGGUAUUGUAGUUUGGUAUUAUAGGUAGCUUACUCAGGUAGUUAUUGUAGGUAAUUAUUGUAGGUAAGGACUGUAUUCGGCGGACCCCGGCGAAGCACGAGGCUAGCCUACCCACUACUUGGACCAACAAAGCUAGCUAGCUAGCGGGUAGCUACCGGUAACUUUUAGCAACUGUGGUUAGCUGUUUCCAAUGUUAUUUCACGCUUAAGAGUACCUGUAAUUGAGCCAGCUAGCUGCCACCUUCAGCUGUUUUUCUAACCUCAUUAUCAUUAACGUUAGGUGGUUGGUAGCUGCUGUACUUAAUUUCGGCUACUGAUUGCAGUCUGCCAGUUUGGCUUUAUACAUAGCUUGGGCUUUGUCGAGUAAGGUUUAAGCUAUGUAUUUAGAUUGUAGUUAGGUACUAUAGGUAGGCAUCGUGGGCUGUAUAUUAUUAAGUAGUAUAGGUAGGCAUCGUGGGCUGUUGUGGGUAGCUGUUGUGUAGUUAUUGUAGGUUACUUUUGUAUUCGGCGGUGCCGGAUGUAGCACGAAGCUAGCUAGCUAACUCACCUCCUGGAUUAGCUGGCGAGUUGCUAUUAGCAACGGUUGCAACUAAAAACAAUAUCCCUUUCGCCAGCUACAUUCGUUCGCAGCGACGCCGUUCUUCAAACAAAGUCAACACAGUAGCCAUUGCUAGCCAGCCAACACUACCAGCUGGCUGUACUGUGGUAGCUAAAUACAAUAUCUUUGUGCUAGCUACCCAACGUUUAAUCAUUGCUGCGUUAUGAAAGGUAAGCUUGGCUUCUUAUAUGGUGUUGAGUUAAGCUUAAACCAUGUAUUUAGAUUGUAGGUAGGUAUUGUAGUUUGGUAUUAUAGGUAGCUUACUCAGGUAGUUAUUGAAGGUUAUUGUAGGUAAUUAUUGUAGGUAAGGACUGUAUUCGGCGGACUCCGGCGAAGCACGAGGCUAACCUACCCACUACUUGGACCAACAAAGCUAGCUAGCUAGCGGGUAGCUACUGGUAACUUUUUGCAACUGUGGUUAAUUGUUUCCAAUGUUAUUUCAUGCUUGAGAGUACCUGUGAUUGAGCCAGCUAGCUGCUACCAUUCAGCUGUUUUUCUAACCUCAUCCAAGGCAUUAACGUUAGGUGGUUGGUAGCUGCUGUACUUAAUCACAGCUACUGAUAAGUCUGCUGUAGUCUACAACAAUUCUAAUUUCUAAAGUGGAAGUUGGGAGAGUUUUACUCGGGUGGUUCAGUGAAACAAUUAUAGUUUCUGAGGUGGAAGUUGGGAGGGUUAUAUAUAUAUAUUUAUUUUUUUUGGUGAGGGAGGCCUGCUCUCUCCUUUCCCUGAUGUUCAGUUCAUUUCAUCCCGAUCUCCUCUGCAUUAUUGUAGCCAUCUGCUGCAGCCUGUCAACUAUGCCUCUGCCUAUCCCUGUUCUCUCCUCUCCGCACAGGCUACACAAACGCCUCACACCGCGUGGCUGCUGCCUCUCUAACCUGGUGGUCCCUGCACGCACCACACACCUGGAGUUCCAGGUCUCAGGCAGCCUCUGGAACUGCCGUUCUGCCGCCAACAAGGCUGACUUCAUCCCAGCCUAUGCUACCCUCCAGUCCCUCGACUUCCUGGCGCUGACGGAAACAUGGAUUACCACUGAAAACACUGCUACUCCUACUGCUCUCUCCUCGUCUGACCAUGUGUUCUCGCAUACCCCGAGAGCAUCUGGUCAGAGGGGUGGUGGCACAGGAAUCCUCAUCUCUCCCAAGUGGACAUUCUCAAUUUUUCCCCUAACCCAUCUGUCUAUCUCCUCAUUUGAAUUCCAUGCUGUCACAGUCACUAGCCCAUUUAUGCUUAAUUUUCUUUUUCAUCUAUCGCCCCCCAGGUUCCCUUGGAGAGUUCAUCAAUGAGCUUGACGCCUUGAUAAGUUCCUUUCCUGAGGAUGGCUCACCCCUCACAGUUUUGGGGGAUUUCAACCUCCCUGUGUCCACAUUUGACUCAUUUCUCUCUGCCUCCUUCUUUCCACUCCUCUCCUCUUUUGACCUCACCCUCUCACCGUCCCCCCCUACUCACAAGGCAGGCAAUACGCUUGACCUCAUCUUUACUAGAUGCUGCUCUUCUACUAAUCUCACUGCAACUCCCCUCCAUGUCUCUGACCACUACUUUGUUUCCUUUUCUCUCUCGCUCUCCUCCCACACUACUCACUCUGCCCCUACACAGAUGGUAAUGCGCCGCCGCAACCUUCGCUCUCUCUCUCCCACUACUCUCUCCUCUUCCAUCCUAUCAUCUCUUCCCUCUGCUCAAUCCUUCUCCCUCCAAUCUCCUGAUUCUGCCUCCUCAACCCUCCUCUCCUCCCUUUCUGCAUCCUUUGACUCUCUGUGUCCCCUAUCCUCCCGGCCGGCUCGGUCCUCCCCUCCAGCUCCGUGGCUUGAUGACUCAUUGCGAGCUCACAGAACAGAGCUCCGGGCAGCGGAGCGGAAAUGGAAGAAAACUCAACUCCCUGCCGACCUGGCAUCUUUUCACUCCCUCCUCUCUACAUUUUCUUCAUCUGUUUCUGCUGCUAAGGCCACUUUCUACCACUCUAAAUUCCAAGCAUCUGCCUCUAACCCUAGGAAGCUCUUUGCCACAUUUUCUUCCCUGCUGAAUCCUCCCCCCCCCCCCCCCCCCCCCCCCCCUCUCUCUCUGUGGAUGACUUCGUCAACCACUUUGAAAAGAAGGUUGACGACAUUCGAUCCUCGUUUGCUAAGUCUAAUGACACUGCUGGUCCUACUCACACUGCCCUUCCCUAUGCUUUGACUUCUUUCUCCCCUCUCUCUCCAGAUAAAAUCCUGCGACUUGUGACUGCAGGCCGCCCAACAACCUGCCCGCUUGACCCCAUCCCCUCCUCUUUUCUCCAGACCAUCUCCGGUGACCUUCUCCCCUACCUCACCUCGCUGAUCAACUCCUCCUUGACCGCUGGCCAUGUCCCUUCCAUCUUCAAGAGAGCGAGAGUUGCUCCCCUUCUCAAAAAACCAACACUCGAUCCCACUGAUGUCAACAACUACAGACCAGUAUCCCUUCUUUCUUUUCUUUCCAAAACUAUUGAGCGUGCCGUCUUUAGCCAACUCUCCUGCUAUAUCUCUCAGAAUGACCUUCUUGAUCCAAACCAGUCAGGUUUCAGGACUGGUCAUUCAACUGAGACUGCUCUUCUCUGUGUCACGGAGACUCUCCGCACUGCUAAAGCUAACUCUCUCUCCUCUGCUCUUGUCCUUCUAGACCUGUCUGCUGCCUUUGAUACUGUGAACCAUCAGAUCCUCCUCUCCACCCUCUCCGAGCUGGGCAUCUCCGGCGCGGCUCACUCCUGGAUUGCGUCCUACCUGACCGGUCGCUCCUACCAAGUGGCGUGGCGAGAAGCUGUCUCCGCACCACGUGCUCUCACCACUGGUGUCCCCCAGGGCUCAGUUCUAGGCCCUCUCCUUUUCUCCCUAUACACCAAGUCACUUGGCUCUGUCAUAUCCUCACAUGGCCUCUCCUAUCAUUGCUACGCUGACGAUACACAACUAAUCUUCUCCUUUCCCCCUUCUGAUAACCAGGUGGCGAAUCGCAUCUCUGCAUGUCUGGCAGACAUAUCAGUAUGGAUGACGGAUCACCACCUCAAGCUGAACCCUGGCAAGACGGAGCUGCUCUUCCUCCCGGGGAAGGACUGCCUGUUCCAUGAUCUCGCCAUCACGGUUGACAACUCCGCUGUGUCCUCCUCCCAGAGUGCGAAGAGCCUAGGCGUGACCCUGGACAACACCCUGUCGUUCUCCGCCAACAUCAAGGCGGUGACCCGCUCCUGCAGGUUCAUGCUCUACAACAUUCGGAGAGUACGACCCUGCCUUACACAGGAAGCGGCACAGGUCCUAAUCCAGGCACUUGUCAUCUCCCGUCUGGACUACUGCAACUCGCUGUUGGCUGGCCUCCCUGCCUGUGCCAUUAAACCCCUACAACUCAUCCAGAAUGCCGCAGCCCGUCUGGUGUUCAACCUUCCCAAGUUCUCUCACGUCACCCCCCUCCUCCGCACACUCCACUGGCUUCCAGUUGAAGCUCGCAUCCGCUACAAGACCAUGGUGCUUGCCUAUGGAGCAGUGAGGGGAACGGCACCUCUGUACCUUCGGGCUCUGAUCAGUCCCUACACCCAAACGAGGGCAUUGCGCUCAUCCACCUCUGGCCUGCUGGCUCCCCUUCCUCUGCGGAAGCACAGCUCCCGCUCAGCCCAGUCAAAACUGUUCGCUGCUCUGGCACCCCAAUGGUGGAACAAGCUCCCUCACGACGCCAGGACAGCGGAGUCACUCACCACCUUCCGGAGACAUUUGAAACCCCACCUCUUUAAGGAUUACCUGGGAUAGGAUAAAGUAAUCCUUCUACCCCCCCCCCCCCCCCCCCCAAAAAAAAAUUGUAAAGUGGUUAUCCCACUGGCUAUAGGGUGAACGCACCAAUUGGUGAGUCGUUCUGGAUAAGAGCGUCUGCUAAAUGACGUAAAUGUGCCCUUGAGCAAGGCACUUAACCCUAAUUGCUCCUGUAAGUCGCUCUGGUUAAGAGCGUCUGCUAAAUGACUAAAAUGUAAAUGUAAAAUGUGUAGUGCUAGGGCCAAAACCAAAAGGUGCACCCCUUGGGGUCCCCAGGACCGAGUUUGGGAAACCCUGUUCUACAUUUUUACAUUUUAGUCAUUUUAGCAGACGCUCUUAUCCAGAGCGACUUACAGUUAGUGAGUGCAUACAUUUUUCUACUUACAUCACUCACAGUAGCCUACUCAACGUAUCUUAUCGACAGGACAGAGAAGUCAUUCCUAAAACAUCAACACCACUCAUUAUGUUUAGGUCAUUGGUUCUUUUAUUUGGCAGUUUACAUGUUUCCUUGUCUUUAGCACAGAAAAUAAUGAGAUGGCGCAUGCUAUGUUGACAGAACCCCAAAGCUUUAUUCAGCGAAGCUUGAGACAUACGGAGGGAGAACUCUUGUACUGUAGUAGUCAGCUUGUGGAGGAUGCAGGCAGAUCGUUGUGACAUGUCUAAAAAGAGUCAUUUUAGUGUGCUGAAUGUGGAGCAUCCAUUCUCUAUCUAUGGAACUACCAGAAAGAGGACGCUGAUGAUAUGACACCUCACUUGAAACACACACACACACACGUAGACUUAGAGUGAACAUGUGCGUCUGUGUUAGUCUAUCAAGCUAAAGGAAAAGGGGGGCUUUAGAACAUUUUACUGGCCAAGAUGUCAUGUACGGUGGCGGUAUGAUGUAAUCAUAACAUUCAAGUGUGAAAUAACAGACUAGAUUAAGCUAAAGUAAAUCACCCGGGGCUGCAUCCCAAAUGGAACACUAUACCCUAUUUACUGCACUACUCUGGUCAACAGUAGUGCACUUUAUAGGGAAUAGGCUGCCAUAUAUAGUCAGGGGUCAGUCUGGAGGAAGUGAUAAACAGUUGAUCCCUCUGGACACACACAUGGUUAAAGAUGACCAAGCAUAUCUCUAGUUCCAGCUACCUCAAGCUCAUUUGAGGACAUGUGGACAUUUCAAGCCGAGGGUUUGGCAGAUUGUUAAUGUGCGUUCAUAGCGUGUGUGUAAUUGUGUGUACGUGUGUGUGUGUGUGUGUGUGUGUGUGUGGGAUGCCUGUCAGGAGUCUGUUAGCAUUCUUCACAAAGACACAGAAACUGACAUCAUCAGAAAACAAUGCAAACGUCAGCUAACAACCAACUCACAACACCAAAGCCUUUCACAAGAAAAUAUUUGUGGAUUCAAAUUUCAAGAACCAAUAAAAAAUGAGAUAACGAACAAAACAGUUGAAAUUGUACAACGCAGUACAUUUGAUACACUUAUUUGCGCUCAAUCAGCCUAGCCAUCAAGAUAGAUUAAAAAAUGAAAUAUUUACAAAAUAAUACCUAUGUUUUCAUGUUGUUGAUUUUUUCCCCUUAGGAAAAAAAAUCAUUCAUUAUCCAAUGAAGAAUACUGUUAAUACUGAUAGAGUGUGUGUGUGUGUGUGUGUUUGUGUGUAUGGAGGGGUUGGGUGGGUGGUGUAGUGUGUUGGUAGUGAGGUCCUCCACCCUCCAGGUCUCCAGGGCUUGGUGUCUGCUGUGGAGUGACCAGGUGUGAGGCUGGAUGGAGGGAUGUGGUUGGUGGACGUUGGGGAGAGGUGGGGCUCACGCUGUCAGCUCUUCCCUCAGCUCUUUGUUCCUGCGCACCACGGCUGCGUGUCUUUCCUGAAACACAGGACACAGACAGACACCGCAGAUAGAGAGUAGGAAGCUAAUAUCAACACUGGACAGGAAGUUAUAGCUAAACGAUAUACAGUCGUGAUGCACCCCUAGUGGUCUCUUAGAAUUAUAAUUUAUUUUCUAGUUCAAUCAUUCUAAUUCUAGAUCACACCUUCUCCUGCAGGUGUUCCAUCAUGGCUGCCAGGUGGGCCUGGCGGUUCUCCUUGAUCCAUCUUACAUUACUACUCCAUUACUACCUUACUACUACUACUACUACUACUACUACUACUACUACUACUACUACUACUGUACUACUACUGAUACUACUACUACUCCAUUACUACCUUACUACUCCAUUACUACUACUACUACUACUACUACUACUACUACUACUACUACUACUACUACUACUACUACUACUACUACUACUACUCCAUUACUACUACUACAGUACUACUACUACUACUCCACUACUCCAUUACUACUACUACAGUACUACUACUACUACUCCAUUACUACUACUACAGUACUACUACUACAGUACUACUGGUCAGUCUCCUCUCACCUUCUCCUGCAGGCGUUCCAUCAUGGCUGCCAGGUGGGCCUCCCGGUUCUCCUUUGAUUCUUUCCACUUCAUGGAGCUUCUCCUCUGCCAUCCAUGAAAUUGCUGUUACUCUUCCAUGGCCUUGAGCAAGUCCUCGUGCUCCCUGCUUCUCUGCAGGGGCCCUCAGACCUGGGCUCUUGGGAUGGACCACAGAGGGACAGGGAUGUCACCAUAGAGUUAGAAUCAAUGACUGGGACUGGACCAGCUAGGGGACCAGGGAUGUCACCAUAGGAGUUAGAAUCAUAGGACUGGGAUGGACACAGAGAGACCAGGGGUGUCACCUAGAGUAGAAUCAUACCGACUUUUGGCUGGACACCAGGGACCAGGGUAUGUCCCAACAGAGUUGAAUCACAGGACGGACUGGACCACAGAGAGGAAGGGAAUCACAUAGCGUUAAUCCACUAGACUGGGACUGGACCACAAGAAUGCAGUGUCACCAUAGAGUUAGAUCCUAGAUGGACCACAGUAGAGCAGAUGUCACCAUAGAGUUCGAAUCACUAGCUGGGUGGACCACAGAGAGAACCAGGGGAUUGUCACCACAGAGUUAGAAUCGCUAGGACUGAGACUGGACCAAAGUGGAGAGCAGGGAUGGUCACCCUAAGUUAGAAUCACUAGGGACUGGGACUGGACAACAGAGAGACCAGUGAUGUCACCAUAGAGUUAGAAUCACUAGGACUGGGACUGGACCCACAGAGCGAACCAGGGAUGUCACCACUUAGGAGUUAGAAUCACUAGGGACUGGACCACAGACGAGAGCCAGGGAUGUCACUAUAGAGUUGGAAUCACUGGGGAUCCGGGACCCCAAAGGAGAGUAGGGGAUGGUACACCAUUAGCGUUUAUAGAAUCACUAGGACUGGACCACAAGAGAGGAGCAGGGGAUGUCACAUAUCGAGUUAGCAAUCACUGGGAUCUGUGGACUGGACCCCAGAGAGAGCGGGAUGUCACUAUAUCCCGAGCUAGAAGCGUGUAGAUCACUAGGGACUGGGACUGGACCACAGAGAGAGCAGGGAUGUCACCAUAGAGUUAGAAUCACUAGGACUGGGACUGGACCACAGAGAGACCAGGGAUGUCACCAUAGAGUUAGAAUCACUAGGACUGGACCACAGAGAGAGCAGGGAUGUCACUAUAGAGUUAGAAUCACUGGGACUGGACCACAGAGAGAGCAGGGAUGUCACCACAGAGUUAGAAUCACUAGGACUGGGACUGGACCACAGAGAGACCAGGGAUGUCACCAUAGAGUUAGAAUCACUAGGACUGGGACUGGACCACAGAGAGACCAGGGAUGUCACCAUAGAGUUAGAAUCACUAGGACUGGGACUGGACCACAGAGAGAGCAGGGAUGUCACCACAGAGUUAGAAUCACUAGGACUGGGACUGGACCACAGAGAGACCAGGGAUGUCACCAUAGCGUUAGAAUCACUAGGACUGGGACUGGACCACAGAGAGACCAGGGAUGUCACCAUAGAGUUAGAAUCACCAGAAUGGUCAAAGCACCUCAGACCACAGUGUAAUUUGACUGGUACAUUCAAUAUGGCCGCCGCUCCAUCCACCACGGAAUGUGAACUUGAAUGGGACGGCUGUUCUAGUGAUUCUAAUUAUAUGGAUAUUAAUUAUUAUAACACACAGGGCCCUGGGGUGUCCUACUCAAAGAUAUAGAAUUCUAUACACUCUUAGGGGGAAAAAAGGUGCUAUCAGACAGCAGGCAAAAAGGGUUAUCCUAUGGGGACAGCUGAAGAACACUUUUGGAACCCUUUUUUCUAAAAGUUAUAUUAUUCUAGUUCUAUUUCAGGUCUACUACUCACCCUCUUCCGGACUGGACCACAGAGCAGUGAUGUCACCAUAGAAGUAGAAUCACUAGAUAUAGAAUUCCCUACUGCAGUUCUAUCAUUCUAGUUCUAUAGUUCUAAUACUCACCCUCUUCAGGACUGGACCACAGAGCAGUGAUGUCACCAUAGAAGUAGAAUCACUAGAUAUAGAAUUCCCUACUGCAGUUCUAUAAUUCUAGUUCUAUAGUUCUACUACUCACCCUCCUCCGGUCCUCAGCUGCCUCCAGUUUCUUCUGGAUGUCCUCUAGGGACACCUCCCUCUUGGGGGGCGAAAUGAUGCUAUGGGUCGCGUCUGACACCGGGGAGGGGGGCUUCAGAAACACCUCGAAGGCCUGGCCCGACGCCCGCUUGUUGAUUGGCUUCACCUCCAUGUCUGAAAAACAAGUGAAAACUUUCAGAGGACUACUUUAUUAUUUAAUAAAAAAACAUUUAAUUUACAUUUUACAUUUAUUUAAACAUAUCAUCUGUUUAAGAUAAAUAUAUUUCCUCCAUCUUCACCCUGGUUCUUUAUCCUUCUUCCUGUGUGUCUAGUUGUUCUGUGGUCUGGUCUUCUGGGGUCUGGUCUUCUAAGGUCUGGUCUUCUGGGGUCUGGUCUUCUAAGGUCUGGUCUUCUGGGGUCUGGUCUUCUAAGGUCUGGUCUUCUGGGGUCUGGUCUUCUAAGGUCGGGUCUUCUGGGGUCUGGUCUUCUAAGGUCGGGUCUUCUAAGGUCUGGUCUUCUAAGGUCGGGUCUUCUGGGGUCGGGGGUCUGAUCUUCUGGGUCUGGUAUUCUGGGGUCUGGUCUUCUAAGGUCGGGUCUUCUAAGGUCUGGUCUUCUAAGGUCUGGUCUUCUAAGGUCUGGUCUUCUAAGGUCUGGUCUUCUGGGGUCGGGGGUCUGAUCUUCUGGGUCUGGUAUUCUGGGGUCUGGUCUUCUGGGAUCUGGUCUUCUUGAGUUUGGGGUCUGGUCUUCUAUGUUCUGGGGUCUGGUCUUCUGGGGUCUGUGGUCUAGAUGGGUUAUGUUGUUUUUUUGGUUUAUAUAUGAUGUCCAUUUGGUCCAGGUAUUUACAAAGGGGUCCAGUUUCAAACGGGUUGUAACUGUUAUUUUUUCCCAUAUCUUGGAUGCCGUUGGUUAUGUUAGUCCCGUCCAGGAUGGUUGGUUAUGUUGGUCCAGUCCAGGAUGGUUGGUAAUGUUGGUCCCGUCCAGGAUGGUUGGUUAUGUUGGUCCCGUCCAGGAUGGUUGGUAAUGUUGGUCCCGUCCAGGAUGGUUGGUUACGUUGGUCCAGUCCAGGUUGGUUGGUAAUGUUGGUCCAGUCCAGGAUGGUUGGUAAUGUUGGUCCAGUCCAGGAUGGUUGGUAAUGUUGGUCCCGUCCAGGAUGGUUGGUAAUGUUGGUCCAGUCCAGGAUGGUUGGUAAUGUUGGUCCCGUCCAGGAUGGUUGGUAAUGUUGGUCCAGUCCAGGAUGGUUGGUAAUGUUGGUCCAGUCCAGGAUGGUUGGUAAUGUUGGUCCCGUCCAGGAUGGUUGGUAAUGUUGGUCCAGUCCAGGAUGGUUGGUAAUGUUGGUCCAGUCCAGGAUGGUUGGUAAUGUUGGUCCAGUCCAGGAUGGUUGGUAAUGUUGGUCCAGUCCAGGAUGGUUGGUAAUGUUGGUCCAGUCCAGGAUGGUUGGUAAUUGAAGUGACAGCCAGUGUCUUGCUAUUGCAUUUUUACUUGCAAUAAUUAAGAUGUUAUAUGGCAGUUUGUCUGUAUUGUUGAGUGCUUGUGGAGUAAUUCUGAGAUAUGUUAUAUUAUUUGGAUGUCCACUUUAAACAUGUCUUUGAGUUAAUAGAUUAUGUAUGUCCAGGAAGGUUGUAAUUUAGGGCAUGUCCAAAAGAUAUGUGAAGAUAUGUGCAUGUCAAACCAUUUCAUGUGUGUCUUGUGAAUGUUUUUCUGAGGUGUUGGAAUAAAGCAUGAGAAAAGUUUCUGUUGGACUUCCAUGUACAUUGGACAAUAAAAUAAUCUUCGUCAAUUCAGGAGGACAUUCAAAACAAUAACGGUAAAAGAUAAAGAUCUUCCAAUACAAUAAAGGGCUCAGCUCCUGGAUUGAGCUGAAAUGGCAUCAGGUCAACUACAGUGACAAUCAGACUGUAGUGCUUUGACUUGAUCUGAAAGACUACGCAUUGGAAGUAAAACGUGUCGUGUGUUAUGUUCCGCAGCAAGAAAAAAACAACAAUGUCGCUCAAACAGAAGGGGGAACUAACAAAGAGUCACAGACCAACAACCAAAAUGAAACCGGUGGGAUUCUGAAAGACACUCAUUGGGGUGUCCACUGAAAGCUGACUAGCAACAACAACUGGGACCUAAAAGACACCCACCAUGAGCACCUACUAAAUUUGCCCAAGAAGAGGCAAACAAAAUAAAAAACCCAAACUAAAAGACAGGAAGCAAACCAAAAGCUGGAGCAAAACGAAAUCAGGGAAAUCAGAUAAUGGAUUGUUUGUCUAGAAAUCAAAAUAGGGAGAGCCAACUAAAAGAGUUAACCCUCCACAUCUAUCAAGACAACUAAAGGAGUUAACCCUCCACAUCUAUCAAGACAACUAAAGGAGUUAACCCUCCACAUCUAUCAAGACAACUAAAGGAGUUAACCCUCCACAUCUAUCAAGACAACUAAAUGAGUUAACCCUCCACAUCUAUCAAGACAACUAAAGGAGUUAACCCUCCACAUCUAUCAAGACAACUAAAGGAGUUAACCCUCCACAUCUAUCAAGACAACUAAAGGAGUCAACCCUCCACAUCUAGCAAGACAACUAAAGGUGUUAACCCUCCACAUCUAUCAAAACAAUUGGAGCACCAGGCCAGCCACUCUUAAAUAGCACCUGGGCCAGCACAGGUGAAAUACCUUCCCUCUAACGAGAUGGCUUCCAGCAGAGGUGUAACACAUACUGACUAACGAGGUGACACCAAUCGGUGCGCCCUACGUGCUAACGAGCUAUACGUGCUAAAGACCAACCUCAAAACAUAAAUGGAAAAACCAAAACCUAUAACACCUUCCCCCUUAAGACAACAAAUAUAUCCUAUAUUUUUGUUAGACAAGUUUGCUUACCACCAACAGAAAGCAACUUCCAUUGCACAACAUAAUCAACUUAAAUGCGUCGCCUUUUCCAAUGUAAACAUGGCAUCUACUGGCUGUCAACAAUUAAAUACAAGACAAAAAACACUUAUUUUGUAUUUUAUAUAUAUAUAUAUAUAUUCUUAUAUAUUGUAUAAGAAUAUAUUGUAUUUUUCUUCUUCUUUUUUUAAUUUUUCUUCUUCUAUAGUUCAAACUCACAGAUGACCAGCUUGUUGCGUGCUUCUGGUUCUUACCUUCAAACUCCCAGACGACCAGCUUGUUGUGUGCCUCUGGUUCUUACCUUCAAACUCCCAGACGACCAGCUUGUUACAUGCCUCUGGUUCUUACCUUCAAACUCACAGAUGACCAGCUUCUU